CACAGACCAAUGGGUGAACAGAACGUUUUUUGGCUCCCCCCAACGGAAGUGGCGUAUUAGAUGUUAUUCUGGCGUGAAAAUUUAAAAUCCAUAUCAACUCAGUGGGGGAUUCAUAAUAAGAAAGUGUCCAUAAGGAGUCCAUGGCGCAGUCACUGGUCCCCAGUUCGGCGGGUGUGGGUCUGAGAGACAUCCCUGUCUCUCCGGAGUGCCGGCCUUCCCCCAUGACUGAGCUCACCAACUGCUUCACUGGACUCGCUGCCUUCCAGACAGGUGACACGCCCCGCCGUUGUCUGGACUUGUCCAACAUCAGUAAUGGGAGCCUGGAUGAGGCUUCUGCAUUGAUGUCUCCACAAGGUGGCCUUCACCUAGAACCUCCCUCCUGUUCGGUUGCAAUCCCAGAGUCACCGGUGCCCAGGACUAGCCGCAUGAAGAGACUCAGGACCUUCCUGCCCAGGUUACUGUGCAGCAGCCCUAAGCCUCCGCCUGGUGGAAAACCUGCCACAAACAAAGAGAAUGUGAGUCCUGAGGAGUCGUGGAAAGGUAAAGGUAAAGGCAGGUGCCUGAUGCCCUCUCUGGGUGCCCAGGUGGCUGGCGGAGAGGAAACGGAGGGCAUGGUGAGCCCCAUCCAACCCACGCCCCCCCUUUCUCCACCCAUGUCCCCCAUGGACGGCUUUGAGGGCCUGCAGGAGGAGGAGGGGUCUGUACAUAUUGCCAUGUCAUCCAGCAUGGCACAGCUGCUCUCAGAUCCACUCAUGAGCCAGGACUUCAGCCUCUCCAUGGAGGCGUCCAUGAGCCGGCGACCGGGGCGCCGUUUGAUCCGCUCGCCCUCCAUGCCCGAGCGCCUGCAGCGCCCCCUCCUGAAACGCCCCCGCACCUCGCCGCUCGCCGCCAAGCCACCAAUCAAACGCCACCGCACCAUCCCCGCCAUCUCCGAGCAUGAAUCAGAGCCGCAGCUCUGCCAACCAGCCCGCACGGAGGGAAGGCAUCUCCUGAAGAAGACUUUGUCGCUGUGUGAGGUGGCAGAGCAGCACCUGGGGGGCGAUGUUAAUGCUGAGCUCAUUGGAGAUUUCAGUACGGUGUAUGCUCUGCCCACUGUGACUGGCAGGCAUCAGGACCUAAAGUACAUCAGUGGGGAGACGAUGUGUAAUCUGCUGGAGGGACGCUACAGCUGUCUGGUGGAGAGCUUUGUGGUGCUGGACUGCCGCUACCCUUAUGAGUAUCAGGGAGGACACAUCAAGGGUGCCCUGAACAUGCCCAACUCUGACGAUGCAGUAGAGAAGCUCCUCUCCCAGCAGCUGAAAGCCUCGUCCCCCAACAAGAGGUUUCUACUGGUCCUGCACUGUGAAUUCUCCUCCGAGAGAGCUCCCCGCACGUGUCGCCUGUUGCGUAGUGUGGACCGCAGCAGGAACGAGUACCCAGCUUUGACCUACCCUGAGCUCUACAUCCUCAAAGGAGGAUACCAAGACUUCUACCACGCACACAAAGAGUUCUGUGAGCCCCAGUCGUACUGUCCGAUGCACCAUGAGGACCACAGGGAGGAGCUCCUGCGCUGCCGCCAGAAUAGCCGCAGCUCCGCCGAGGAGCGUCGCCGACGGCAACACGUCAACCGCCUGGGCAAACUCUAACACACACACACACACACACACACACUUAUUCACAACCACACAAACAUACAUAUGCACAUACAUUUAUACAUUCAGACACACAGAGACAAGCAAUUAAUUGUUCAGUGUAAUGAACUCACAUACUGCAUUCUUCUCUCUCUUUUUUGCUUUCUUUCUCUCAGUCUCUCGCUCGCUCUCUCUCUCUCUCUCUCUCUCUUUCUCUUUCACACACACACAAACACUCACUCUCACACACUCUUUCUCUCGCUCACUCAUUCUCGGUCACACACAAACACACAUAGACACGGAGACUCUCUCCCUUCUCUCCCUCCUUCCCUCCCAAACCAGAUGUGUAACAUGAUGGUGCUAAUCAUGUUUGACAAAUCUCAGACUGUGACCAAUUCAGAAGGGUGUGUGUGUGUGUUAGUGUGUGUGUGUGUGUGUGUGUGUGUUAGUGUGUUAAUGCUGUAACACGGACUGAACUGGCCUUGCUGCUGUAGCUCUACUCUUUCCCCAAACCCUGUUACCUCAGCUCUGUGUGUGUGUGUGUUGCCAGUGACUAAAAGGUGUGAGACAGCAUGUGUUUGUUUGCGUGUGUGUGUGUGUGGGGGUAUGUACACACACCUGCCCUGUUUACGUAACGAAACGAUCAUGAGAUUUUUUUUUCUUUUUUUAUAUAUAUUUUUUGUAAGCAGCCAAAUAAUGUGAACUGUACACUGGCCCACUGCUGUGUGUGAUUUCGGUUAGCAGAGGCCUGUUUUUAUCAUUAUUCAAGUCAUUCUGUGUGAAGGGCUUUUGGCUGAGCAUGGGUACGUAGGCUUCCAAUACAGCCGAGUUAAUAUUACAGCAUCUGAUUCAGCAUCCACUGCCAUAAUGAUAAAACAUUUAAAAUAAAAAAAUUAUA